AUGGACUUGUGUGGACCCUUGAAAGUUCAAAGAAGAAAUGGCAAGAAGUACAUUUUGGUGAUUGUUGAUGAUUACUCGAGAUACACUUCGACAAGAUUCUUGAGAUCAAAGGCAGAUACAGCUGAAGAGUUGAUGGUAUUUUUCAAAAUGAUUCAAACCAAAUUGAAUCAAGUCAUUUGCAACAUUCGAUCUGAUCAUGGUACUGAGUUUGAGAACUCACCACUGGAUAAAUUCUGCAUGGAGAAUGAUGGAAGCUUGAAGAAUGAUGAAUCAAAUGAUGAUGGUGAUGUGAUGAAACUGUUCAAAUCAAAGAAGACUGAAGGAGGUGAAGCUGAUGCAGAUCAACAACUGAAAAAUGACUGUGAUGAUCAGAAUCAUAGUCUACCUGAAGAGGCUGUUGAGGUUGAAAAGGAUGAUAUGGUACCUGGUACUACUCAAAAUUCUAGCCAGAGUACAUCAGACUCCCAAGAAAAUGAUGUCACUCUUGAUGAAGAAGAACAUGUUGAUCAGCUCAAUCAAUUGAAUAAGGCACUAUAUGAUCUGAAGCAAGCUCCAAGAGCAUGGUAUGAAAGGCUGUCAAAGUUUUCUGCUGAAGAAUAG